UGGACAGAAGGUGAGCUCAGUUAGGUUUUGACAGCGGAACGCGUAGGUACAUCGCAACGGGUAGCAACGGGAAAGCGGGUUUAGUGUAGAACAGAACGGACCACGAAGUACAGACUAAUUUGAAACGAACUACAGACGAUUUGUUAAACAGUUUACCUUUGAAACAAAAAAAAAACAAGAAAACCAAACCAAAAGUUAAAGUUGUGUUUAUGUUUGAUCGUUGAGUUAUUGUUAUUGCAAAAGUUAAACGAGCGUUAUUUAUUGAGACAUUGAGACCAAAUCCAAAGAAAUCGUAACCAAGUUAAACGAAAAAUCUCCCCAAAACAAAAAACAAAACUACGAAAAUGUCUUUCUCCAAGGCCAAGUUGAAGCGUUUCAAUGACGUGGAUGUGGCCAUCUGUGGCUCGCCAGCUGCCUCAAACAGCUCCGCGGGCUCAGCGGGCAGUGCCACGCCCACCACGUCGACGGCAGCCGCUGUUCCACCCACCGUUCAGCCGGAACGUAAAGAGCAAAUCGAGAAAUUCUUUAAGGAUGCCGUGCGCUUUGCAUCCAGCUCGAAGGAGGCCAAGGAAUUCGCCAUUCCCAAAGAGGACAAAAAGUCAAAAGGAUUGCGCUUGUUCCGCACUCCUUCGUUGCCUCAGCGCCUGCGUUUCCGUCCAGCUCCCAGUCACACGGAUACGGCCAGCGGAACCGCAAGUGGAGCUUCCACUGCUGCCUCCACUCCUUUACAUUCGGCUGCCACCACUCCCGUGAAGGAGGCCAAGUCCGCCAGCCGUUUGAAGGGCAAGGAGGCUCUGCAGUAUGAGAUCCGUCACAAGAACGAGCUGAUCGAGAGUCAGUUGAGCCAGCUGGAUGUGCUGCGUCGCCACGUGGAGCAGUUGAAGGAAGCCGAGGCUAAGUUGCGCGAAGAGCACGAGUUGGCCACCGCCAAGACAGACCAGCUCAUCGAAGCUCUGACCAAUGAGAAUCUUUCGCACAAAGCUUUGAACGAGCAGAUGAGUCAGGAACAUGCCGAUCUUCUGGAGCGUUUGGCUGGCAUGGAACAGCAAUUGCAGCAACAGCGCGAAGAGCAUGAAAGCCAGGUGGAGAAUCUGAUUGCCGAGAGCGAGGCACUGCGUCUGGCCAACGAGCUGCUGCAGGCGGCCAAUGAGGAGCGACGAGUGGUGGAGGAGCAGCUGCAGGCUCAACUCUCUGCCCUACAGGCGGAUGUUGCCCAAGCCCGAGAACAUUGCAGCUUGGAGCAGGCCAAGACCGCCGAGAAUAUUGAGUUGGUGGAGAAUCUCCAGAAGAACAAUGCCUCUCUGCUGGACGACGUGGUCCAGCUGAAGCAGCAGAUCGAGCAGGAUGCUCUGUCCUACGGACAGGAGGCUAAGAGCUGCCAAGCGGAGCUGGAGUGCCUGAAAGUGGAGCGCAACACCCUAAAGAACGACCUGGCCAACAAGUGCACUCUGAUCCGCUCGCUGCAGGACGAACUUCUGGACAAGAACUGCGAGAUCGACGCCCACUGCGACACCAUCCGCCAAUUGUGCCGGGAGCAGGCUCGCCACACCGAGCAGCAGCAGGCGGUGGCUAAGGUGCAGCAGCAGGUGGAAAGUGACCUGGAGGGCGCCGUUGAACGCGAGAAGAGCUACUGGCGUGCCGAGUUGGACAAGCGCCAGAAGCUGGCGGAGAACGAGCUGAUCAAGAUCGAAUUAGAGAAGCAAGACGUGAUGGUACUGCUAGAGACCACCAACGAUAUGCUGCGCAUGCGAGAUGAGAAGCUGCAGAAGUGCGAGGAGCAGUUGCGGAACGGCAUCGACUACUACAUUCAGAUGAGCGAUGCUCUGCAGCAGCAGUUGGUGCAGCUUAAGCAGGACAUGGCCAAGACGAUCACCGAGAAGUACAACUACCAGCUGACUUUGACCAACACCCGGGCCACAGUUAACAUUCUGAUGGAGCGUCUUAAGAAGUCCGAUGCUGAUGUGGAGCAAUUCCGUGCCGAGCUGGAGUCUGUGCAGUUGGCCAAGGGGGCACUGGAGCAGAGCUAUCUGGUUUUGCAGGCGGAUGCAGAGCAACUGCGCCAGCAACUGAACGAAAGCCAGGAGGCACUCUCUGCGCUGAGAUCCUCCUCCCAGACGCUGCAGGGCGAGAUUGCAAACUCAUUCCAGGAGCGCAUCGAUGGCGACGCCCAGCUGGCCCACUACCACGAGCUGCGCCGCAAGGAUGAGACGCGUGAGGCCUACAUGGUGGACAUGAAGAAGGCCCUCGAUGAGUUCGCCACCGUGCUGCAGUUCGCCCAAUUGGAGCUGGACAACAAGGAGCAGAUGCUGGUCAAGGUACGCGAGGAAUGCGAGCAACUAAAGCUGGAGAAUAUUGCACUGAAGUCCAAGCAGCCGGCUUCGGCCCUGCUGGGAACACCUGGCAAGGCAAACCGAUCGAAUACCACCGAUCUGGAGAAGAUCGAGGAUCUGCUAUGCGAUUCGGAGCUACGUUCCGACUGCGACAAGAUCACUUCGUGGUUGCUCAACUCCUCAGAGAAGUGUGUCCGCCAGGACAGCACCAGCGAGAUCAGCGAGCUCCUUCUCGCCGGCAAGUCUUCGCCCCGUCCCACCCCACGAACACCCAAGGCGGCGCCACACACUCCUCGCAGUCCGCGCACUCCCCACACUCCACGAACCCCGCGAUCGGCGGCUAGCACGCCCAAGAAGACCGUCCUGUUCGCCGGCAAGGAGAACGUGCCCAGUCCGCCCCAGAAGCAGGUGCUCAAGGCACGCAACAUUUAGGCUAUUCCUUUGUACCAACUACUUUAUCGUACUAUUAUAAAUUAUAUAACUUAGCUAAGAUCUGAUUCGAAAUAUAUUCAAUACAACUCACGUUGCACACAACACA